AUGUCCUCCCACAGACGUAAAUCCAAGCGGCAGAGAUCGAAUACCAGCCCAGUGAACCGGGACAACCAAGACCAAGAGAAAAGGUCACGCGUAUUAGCUCAGAUAAAAGCCUUGGAAUCAGAGAUUGCUGAAUUGCAAACUGAAAUCGACGAGAGAAGAAAGAAGCGAGCACGCUCGAACAGCAUGGAUGAAGCAUUCGAUAUGAAGUUCCUUCUAACUUACAGUCAGAUGUGUGGCAGCCAACGAGUGCCAUUGGAAACGAUUCGAAAGAGAUCGCAGUUAUAUUCUACGAAUCCUCCUCCGCAACAAGCUCUUCCAUCGUCUAGCUUCGCUGGUCAAUCGGAAACAUCUUUAUCUUAUCUGCCUUAUGGAAUGUACUCUAAUAACGUUCCGAUUCUCAAUAAUGACGAAGGCUUCGUCUUACCUUUACACAAAGAGAUACGGAGACUAAUUAGACAGUGGGGUAAUACAGGAGCGGGAGAAAUUGAUGAUGAUCAACCUAUGAUAUGUCAUCGAGAUUGCUGCGUCGCGAGGCUACGAGCAGGACUAUUAAAAGACUAUCUAAUAAAGCCGGAUCAAUAUCAAGCUUCCCCGGACACCCACGCAAUGUCAGACAGUUUUAACGACGCAACCGACUUUUCAGAGUCUACUCCUCGCACGCAUCCCUGUCCAUAUCAUCCCUCUCCCUCUCAUCACCUUCAGCUUCGUCCUCUUGCAUUUCUCAUACUCGCGCCCAAUCACGUCAAAUUCUCAAAUUGGACCCUCGAGACUCCUCCCGUUCGAGUGGGACGACAAGUUGAUCGUCCAUUGGAGGCGAAUGCUGUGUCCAGCUGGUCGAUGGAUAAUCUUACGAAUAAUAACCCUGUCAGGACUAUCGAGCAACGGUUGGAAACCAAACAAAUUGGGAUCGAGCCUUACAGACUAGUAUUACGGAUAUGUUGA